AUGCAACCUUUGGACAACCCCGUCACUCUAUUUUCAAGUAACAAUCUUCACGUCGGUAGCCCAUUAAUUCUUACCGCCCCUGACGAUGAAUCUUCUGCUAACCGCAUUCAAAUAUGGUACCUAAUACCGCGAUUUCUAGCCGAUUCUAUCCCCCCGCCAGAUUUGACACAGGAGACGCCAGCUUACAGCUUUGAUUAG